UAGUAAAUUAAUUUUUGGCAUCUUCAAAUAAAUGUAUUAAACAAGCGGGAAUAAUUUAAAAAAUUUAUAACUUUCUAAAAUAAAUAAAAAAAACAUGUCUACAUUUAUAAAACCCUCAACACCAACAAAAAGUCGUCCAAACUUUAAGCCUGGCACACCCACUAAAUCAAAAUCAUUGACCAGCAUCAACAUUGCCAGUGGCAGUUCUAAUAAUGUAAAUUCUUCAACUAAGGAAUUGGAAGAGAUCAACUUGCUACUCAACUUGGAAACUUUAAAACGCAAUCGCGACAAUGAAAUUAUUCUAAAGCAAAAUGUUGAAGAAGCUCUCAAAAUUUUUGAAGAACGCCGUCACAAGUAUUUCACUUUGGUGGCCAAAUGUGCGACUUUAGUGAAAUUGGCCUGUACACGUAAAGUUUUACUGCGUAAUGAGUUAAUUGAAUUUCCUACUGAUGCAGCUCGCGCUGAUGCCAAUAGUAUUAAAGAAAAGUUAAGCAGUGGCAGUGCUACUGAUUAUAUCAGCACUCCUGAUUUGGAAAAAUUUAAGGAAAUGUUGCAACAAGUGGAGAAAUACAAAAAUCUACCUAUUCGCCGUACGGAAUUAGUAGAUCUUCAAAACGCUACCGAUGCCAUACAGUAUUCCAUAGAAGCUAUAGAAAUAUCUUUGGAAAAAUGUACCAUACAGGGGCUGGAUCAUUUUGUCGACACACUGGAUAUGUUAAACUACCCGAAACUGUUGAAGGAAUAUGACCAAAACGACUAUUAAAAUAAACAACUUUAUGUUAAUUAUAUGCAGCUGCUGGCUAGAGUGUUGGACAACUCUCCACAAAACUGCAGUUCAUUUAUUUAUUUUUAUCUUAUUGUUUUUAAGUUUAUUUCAAUGUUGGGGAAGUAUCUUGAGGUGCUUUCUACACAUUCAAUUCUAAUAAUGGAAAAAAAUAAAGAAAAAUAAAAAAUUCAUGAAUUAGACUA